AUGCUUAGCGGAAUCUAUGGUUAUAUCUUUGGAUCUGAUGAUUCAAAUGAUUCGGAAGUUUCAUUUGGAGUUGCAACAAAUGGAACAACAAGUGAAGCAAGUAUAAUGAAAAGUGAAAAGAUGAUUUGUGGAGAUGAAGAUGAUUGGUUCAUGGUGGAUGAUGGUGAGUUUUGUGAAGACAAAACAUGUGAUGAAAUUAUAAUAUAUUUCGUCACAUGACACUAAAAACUUUUUUAUGACUAAAACAAUAAAACCACAAUUUAUUGCAUUUUCUUUCGGAAAUGGUUAUUAUGUUGUAUUUAUUGGUAUAUAUUUAUUUAUAAAUCUUGGUUAGUUCCGUUACCUUUUUCGCCAUCUGCCUUUCCCCAAAUUAUAUACAUUCAAAAAAUUUGAAUUGUCAAAAAAAAAACAAAUAACAAAUAAUUUUUUUUAGAAAACGCGCGUGGUCGAUUCUCACCCGAACUUAUUCCUCGACUUGAAGUUCGGGAUAUUGAUGAAUUGUCAUUUGCAUCGACACGACAAACAUCAACUGGAGAAAAGAAUCCAACAAGUCAAGAAAUUCGAAAAGCUGAGGAACUUCGAUUGGCAAAAGCCAAAAAUGCGCAACGGGCGCAUUUGGAGAAAAUGGUAAGAUUCUUAACUUUUCGUUGUAAAGAAAUCAAAAAGUCAUAUGUUUUCAAUGACAGUUUCUAAAAUGUUUAAUGAAGUGUAUGAAACAUUUAAUUUUUCAGUUAUUCGAAAACAUCAGUUCAACAACUUCUGAUUCGUUUUCUUCAACUUCGAAUACAAAAACAAAGUCUCUCAAACGGGAAUCCGCUUCAAGCAAAGCGAAAUCUCGUUCGAAGAAAUCAUCAGGAAAACUAUCAUCCGGACGUAACAAUGACCGCAAAGUCAAUAACAUUGAUUAA